CCGUCGGGCACCCGGCUUGAACGCACCGGCAUAGCGCCGCACUAAUUCGCGAUCGUAACGUAGUACGCAGCCAGUGACUCAGUGUGUGAUUUUAUAAUACUCGUAUGACGGACAAUAAUUUAAGGAGAUGAACGGCAGCACGACGACGGUGAAUGGCAGCGCCGUCAAUGGGACCACAGGUGCCCUAAAUGGAAUUGGUGCCGCGCCACGUACGGCCACACUUGGGACUCCCAGCAGUUAUGCGUAUACUUCCAGCGGUUCGCUGCUUGGUCGCAGCGGUGCGGCUAGACCAGUUCCACCGCCGACAUUACCUAAAUAUAGUGGGUCCUUCAGUGCGGGCAGUACAACUGGGCUUAGGGAACGAGAUAGAGAGGGAACUGGCGGAUCGCAUCGCCUGGCUAGUCUAGAAAGAUUAGCACUAAGGCAGCGUAUCAUUGAACAGAAUUCUAACAACCAAGUGUCGGUUGGUUCUUCAGUCAAUGCACCACCGAAUGGGCCUACCUCUGCUACUGUCACCCUUACCGACACGGCAACGUUACAAAGUAAACGCGAAUUGUUCUUCAAAUCGGACUCGGUGAGUGGUGGCGGCGUUAGUGCGACGGGCCCGCCGCUAGCUGCGCCGCCAGCGCCGCCCUCCGUGCUGAAGGACGCGCUGGCCAAGCGCGCCACCACGCUGCCCGACCAGCUCGAGAACAAUCACCAUGAGUCCAACGGGACCGUCACGAAGCUCAGCAACAGCGUGUCCGUGGACUCGUCCAAGCCGCCCAGCGCAGCGCCGCCGCCUACGCCCGCGCCCCCCGUGCCUACGUCGGCGCCUCCCGGAGCACCGCCUCCACUCAGGAGUACAGAAAACAUAAUCAAGAAGCCUGAUCACCCGCCAGUUGCCCCUAAACCGGAAUUACCUAAAUUAGAAAAACCAAAAACCAAAGAAUUAGAUGGAUACGUCGGAUUUGCAAAUUUACCAAACCAAGUAUACAGAAAGGCAGUGAAAAAAGGAUUUGAAUUCACGCUAAUGGUUGUUGGUGAAACCGGUUUGGGCAAGUCAACAUUAAUAAACUCAUUGUUCCUGACGGACGUGUAUGAUCGGGACAAGCACCCUGGCCCGUCACUACGAGUCAAGAAGACGGUGGGCGUAGAGACCAGCGUGGUGCUUCUCAAAGAGAAUGGUGUAAACCUUACACUAACUAUCGUCGACACACCAGGCUUCGGCGAUGCCGUCGACAACAGUAAUUGUUGGCAACCUAUCAUUGACUUCGUUGAGUCGAAGUAUGAAGAGUUCCUGAAUGCUGAAUCCCGGGUGACGCGUAAGGCGGCGCCGCCAGACACUCGCGUGCAUUGCUGCUUGUACUUCAUCGCGCCCAGUGGCCACGGCCUGAAGCCGCUCGAUGUAGAAUUCAUGCAGCGACUUGGUGACAAAGUGAACAUCAUACCAGUCAUUGCCAAGGCGGAUACCAUGACACCGGAGGAAUGUAAAGACUUUAAAGAACAAAUAAUGAAAGAAAUCAGUCAACACAAGAUCAAGAUCUACGAUUUCCCCGAGAGCACGGGCGAGGAGGGUGAGGUGGCGGAGGCGGCGCGCUCGCUGCGCAUGCGCGUUCCCUUCGCUGUGGUCGGCGCCAACACCGUCAUCGAGACCGACGGCAAGCGGGUCCGCGGCCGCAAGUACCCCUGGGGCAUCGCUGAGGUUGAAAAUCUGGAGCACUGCGACUUCUUAGCAUUGCGCAACAUGGUAAUUAGGACGCACCUCCAAGACCUGAAGGACGUGACCAGCUCGGUACACUACGAGAACUACCGAUGCCGCAAGCUCGCCGGCUUGUCUCACGAUGGAAAGCCGCACAGGAUCAACUCCAACAAGAAUCCUUUGGCUCAAAUGGAGGAAGAGAAGCGAGAACACGAUCUUAAGAUGAAGAAAAUGGAAAGUGAAAUGGAACAGGUGUUCGAAAUGAAGGUCCGCGAGAAGCGAGCCAAGCUGAAGGAGUCGGAGGCGGAGCUGGCUCGGCGGCACGAGGCGACGCGGCGCGCGCUGGAGGCGCAGGCGCGCGAACUCGACGAGCGCCAGCGCGCGCUGCACGCCGAGCGCCUCGCCUGGGAGCGGGACACCGGACUCUCGCUCGACGACCUCCGUCGCCGCUCGCUCGAAGCCAACAGCAAGGAAACUGUCGACGGCAAGGACAAGAAGGAUAAGAAAAAGAAAGGUUUGUUCUAAACUCGACCACAGUCUCGUCGGCCUCGCACCCACCGUUACUUGCGUGACUAACCUCGCGGCGCGCACGGCGCCACAUCAUCGAUCGAGUGUCGGUUCCCUCGGUCGACACUGCGUUCAAAUAUAAAUUAUCGAAAUCGACAGAAACGAGGUCCGAGUACAAAUACAAAUUUGAUUCCUAAAAUCGUGUUUUAAACUUUAAAAAUAACGAAUCAUGCCUUGGCGUUCUGCCUUUUUAUUCGUCAGUACCGAAUUACCCGAAUAGCUUCGAUCGAUGAUUUUGUAGUACAUAGCUGUAAUGCUAAUUGAGAUUCUGACUGCAUUCUCACUGCAGUUUCCAAUUCUGUUUCAAACUUACUGUAUGAAAUUAAUUUCAAAUUCUAUAAUGAUUGUUACUUCAAACUUAACGUUAAAGUAAUAGGUACUAUACGUAUUAAAAUACUAUUUGCCUUGUAAAAUAGAAUAUCAGCAUGAAUUCCAUUGAUUCUACAGUUGACAAGCCCUUCUUUUACUGGGACUGUACAUAUCGUGAUUGUUUGAAAAACAGAUUCCAUGAUUGACUUUAUAUUCUGAUUUUGACUUCGGGAAGCGAGAUUUGUUACAUAAGCGUUUAUUUGUGAUCCUAACUCUGGGUUAUAUAGUGCCAUUUCAGUGUUGUGACGGGUCGGACUGUCGUAAACACAAAUAUUAAAUUUGUCAAGUGUAAAAUUGCUUUCUGUCUUCUGUCCAGCAAUUUGUAUUCACAAUAAGCGUUUGUCUCACUAAUUAAUUUACUUCUAACUUGUACUUUUGUAUAUUGAGGUAUCUCUGUGACUAAAUCACUCUUUUGGUGACUGUUCUUUUCCGAAAUUGGACAGUGAAUGACCUUUUUACUUGUAAUAAACCUAUUAAAAGAUAUUUUCAACAAAUAUAUCACAAAAGCAAGCAAACUCAUGAACCAUUUUAACGCAAUAAGUAAAAGGGUGUGCCACUGAACCUCACUUGAAAAUGUUUUGCCAAAAAUAUUGUAAUUUAUAAUAUUCUUGUAAUUUUACGUCACGUAUUGAGAUUUUUUACGUCAUUUGCAGAUUGGUCUUUUAAGAGUGUCGCAACUGGAAUAGUAAUAUAAUAGGACAACAGUCCGCACACGACGCACUUUAUAAUUAGUAACUUGUAGUUGUACGGACUUAGCAUAAUGAGACAACGAUUAAUGAAGACUACAGGAUGUAACUAUGUAACUGACAUGCGUUGAGGAAGUUAAUGCGAAAUUCACCACAAUUCUGUGCUGUAUGAGAUUACUUUUGUAUGUAUUUUAUUUAUAAGAUUUUUCCAUGACAAAGCAUUUAUUAUAAUAAGUGAGGCCUAAUUUUAUACUUCUUGUGUUUCCAAAGGGUUUUGUAAAACAGAUUUUAUAUGGUUAUUUUUUAUUUUUGGUAUGUAAACUGUUUAGCUGUUAGCAGCGUUGGAUUUAGCACAAACAAUACUACAGCUUAUGAGUAGAUAUUUACGUCCAUAAAGAUGCCAAAUAGCUUAUAAUAUCGGUAUACUUUAAUCGAAGACGAAUAUCUAAAGUUUUAUUGUAUUUGUAAUGUACUAUGUUUAUUAACACUAGAUAGACAACUCAAUCAGAAACGUGAUCGAUUCAGCUCAAUACCAGGAUGAAAUUAUACAUAGGCACUAAAUCUAUAUCUUUACUGAUAAAUAUAGCAUAAUAAAAUUACAGGAUAAUAAUGUUUGAGAUAUAUUUAUGUUUACCGCUUUUGUUUCUUGUUAUAUUUAUAAGUAGAGAGAGAAUACUGUAGCUAUUCGAAAAGUUCGCAUUAGGUAAUUCACCAUUCUAAAUUUUAAAAUGAAUUAGAUAAUAAAAUAAUAUUUUUUACUUCUAUAUCAUUACAAAUUGUAAUACGGUUUCGGCUUAUCGGUGCAUUCGUACACCAGUCCGAGGUUUGAUUCGCACGGCGUUUGUUAUAACUAUACAAAGUUAUAUUGUGCUUAGUGAUAUUAAAAUAUGCUCAUAGUUCAGUUGUGAAAUAGAAUCUAGCUCUAGCUAGUUGAUAGCGUUUCUUUAUAGUAACGGAUAAGGGAAUGUAAGGAUCUCUCACCAACAAUAAAGGCGAACGCAUGGAGCAGUCUAGUAUUAUACUGAAUCCAUAAUCAUUAUGUUGUCACACUUCAAUACAUGCUAUAAAGUUACUGUUGUUUUAAUAUCUUCUUAAGACUUGUAUUCAACAAUAUACCGCUUAUCAGUUAGCAAUUUAUGUUAGGUUAUGUAAAUAUUUUGUUUAGUCAUUACUACCUUACGAGCAAAAUAUAUAUUAUCAGGUUUUGUUACUAAAUGACACGUUAUUUAUGAGACAUGCAUAAUCUUUAUUUAACCAGCAUGCAAUGUUAUAAUAAAUUUGUAUUAUUUCCUCCACUACAGUAUUGACUUCCGCAUUAAAUUUAGUAAUUUAGGUGAUAAGAUUAUGCUUAAUUUUGUAUUUUGUGUAGGGUAACAGCCCAUUACCAUACAGAUCAUUUGCUUAGUCAGUACGAUGGACUUGUGAUGUGUGUUGGGAGAGGAGGGAAGUUCAGACGAUGUAAUAUAUUGUACCUUUGAAUAAAUAUAAAUAAAUACGUAAUAUAUAGGAG